AUGGAGUUCCUCGCGACGGCGUCCACGUUCGCGACGCUGACGGGGUUCGCGAUGCAGCUGUACAGCAACUGCAAGUGGUACAUCGGGGUGGCCAAGGACGACUGCCCGAACGACCUGAAGCUGAUCAUGGUGGAGGCGGCCAGCCUGGAGGCGACGCUGAGGACGGUGAAGGACAUCCUCGAUCUCAGCGACAAGGCGACGAACGAGCGGCUGCUUCGGCAGGUCGGCGGGCCGGCGCACGAGGUUGACGGCUGCCUGAAGAGGCUGCUGGCGCUGGUGCCGACGCCGAUGAAAGACGCGGCGGACGGCGACAGCAGGAAGCGCGCCAAGGACCGGGCCAAGCUGAUCUUCAACGCGGUGACGUGGGCGGCGUCGGGCAAGAAGGGCCAGUGCGACUUUCUGCUCAAGGCGCUGCGGGAGCAGAAGGCCACGCUGUCGCUGGGGCUGACGACGGAGCUGAGCCGCGACGUGCGGCAGAUGGCCGACGACAUCCGCGACGUCAAGAAGCACCUGAGCCACGUCGAGGAGGCCGAGCUGUACAAGUGGCUCGAGAAGAUCAACCCGUCGGUCAACCACAACCACGCGGGGCUGCUGUACGAGAGCGAGACGUGCCAGUGGCUGACGAAGUCGGCCAAGUGGCGUGAUUGGCUCUUGGGGCAGGCCCAGUCGCGCAUCCUGUGGGUGCACGGCAUCCCGGGCGCCGGCAAGACGGUGUUGUCGUACUACAUGGUCGAGGAGCUCCGCCGGCGGGCGCGGCACGAGAAGACCCAGCACGGGAAGAAACAGGGCGUGGCCUACUACUACUGCUACCACCAGCGCAACACGGACGAGACGGUGCCGUUCCUGACCUGGGUGCUGAGCCAGCUGUGCCGCGCGUCCAAUUACAUCCCGGAGACACUCAAGGAGAUCCACGACUCGGGCUGCGAGCCGACAUGGCGCGAACUGCUCGACUGCCUCGCGGCCGUGCUGACGAAGUUCGACGACGCCUACAUUGUCGUGGACGCCGUCGACGAGACCAGCGAGCGCGCCAACCUGCUGCGCGUGCUCGCGGAGCUCGGCAAGCGCUUCCACAACCUGCACCUCGCCGUCACAAGCCGCGAGGAAAGCGACAUCGUGGAGGCCUUCCACAAGCGGUCCGUGGGCGUGUCCAUGUCCAACGAGGGCGUAAGCGAGGACAUUCGCGCGUACGUGGCGUCCGCGCUGCAGCAGGACACCCGCUACCGGCACUGGCCCGCCGCCCUGCGGGACAGCGUCGCCGGCAAGCUCCCCGUCAAGGCCCGCGGCAUGUUUCGGUACGCGGCGUGCCAUCUCGAGAUCCUGGGCGACUGCACCAGCACGGAUGAUGUGAGCAGGGAGCUCAGCCGGCUGCCCGAGUCGCUCGACGAGACGUACGAGCGCAUCCUGCUCAAGAUCAAAGCCCCCCACCGCGCCAACGCCGCCCUCGCGCUGGCCUUCAUCAUGGGCUCGCACGACCAUACGGGGCCCGUGCGCGGCCAGACGCUCGUCGACGCCGUCGCCAGCUGGCAGAACAACAAGUCCACGACGAGCAGCAGCCGGAGCCAGAGCCAGAGCCUGCUGACCAUCGAAAUGCUCCGGCGCUUCUGCAGCUGCCUGAUCAAGGUGCAGCCCGGCGAAAGCAAGGGCGAGUCCUAUGUCGACCUGGCGCACUACACGGUGCGCGAGUUCCUGCAGUCCGAUCGCGUGGCCAACAGCAAGGACCUGGCCGUGUUCGCGCUCAAGGAGGAGAAGGUCGACGAGAUCUACUGCUCCACCGUGCUGUCGGCCGCCGCGGCCUACAAGGGCACGCCGCCGGACGUCAGGAACAUCCGCGAGGACGUCAACGGCGACCCGGUUGACUGGCCGCUGUACGCCCUGCGCCGCACGCGCGUCGCCAUGUUCUGGUCGCGCCACACGCUCGUGCGCGAGCCGAGCAUCAAGAGCACGCUGCUCGCCCUGCUCGACCCGUACAACAAGCCCUUCCGCGGCCUGCAGCUGCUGGGGUCCGACGGCCCGCACGACAUGUCGCACGAGAUCAUGUUCGAGUGGCUGGCCCAGUUCAACCCGCGCCCCGAUGAGCGAGAAAGGCUCGCCGCGCACCUGACCAUGAUCGUCGGGUUUGAGGACGCCAACCUGGUGAAGGAAUUCCUGGAGCAGUACCGUAGGCACAACAAGUCGGACCCCGGCGCGCUGUUCCGCACGCCCAUGACAGUUGUCUUCCCGGUCCAGUUUGACGUCUAUCGCAAGACGGGCAAGUACGAGAAGACGGCCACCCAGGUCACCGUGCUCGACUUCUACAACAAGGGCAAGGAGCUGGGCUACGACACCAAGGGCGAGCGGGACAUGCUGCGGACUGUGUUUGGCGCCUACCUCUCCUCCUUUUCUUCCUCUUCCUCCUCCUCCUCGGGGGGUCAUCAGCAGCCUCGCUCACCCGCUCAUGCUCCUCCCAAAGUCAGCGGCAGCGGCGGCGGCGGCGGCGGUCACCACCGGUCUACCACCCCAACCCCCCGCACCCCACAGCUCGCGCUCGGACACGACCAAGAGACAAGCCAUCACCGCAUCAUCGUCUUCAGGAGCAGCACUUUCUUCUUCUUCGGCGGCGAACAAGAAACCCGGCGGCACAAGCACCGGGUCCGCGGGUGGAGGACGGGUACUACUUACACCAAGCAUGGAUUCCUGCAUAGGUGA